AUGCAGGGGUUCAAUAUGGGACGUUACGUCCCGCCGGAACUCGAGGGCCGCAUCUCCUUCAACCGCGCCUCUGGUAAAGGCCACGCCCUUGGUGGGCGUGCCCGCAAACUCGCCUCCGAUGGCAUCCUCACAGUGCGCUUCGAAUGUCCAUUCGCCAUCUGGUGUGCCACCUGCGAUCCAGAGCAGAUCAUUGGCCAGGGCGUGCGGUUCAAUGCCGAGAAGAAGAAGGUGGGAAACUACUACAGCACGCCGAUCUGGCAAUUCCGCUUCAAGCAUUCAGUAUGCGGCGGAUGGCUAGAGGUCAGAACGGAUCCAAAGGCGAGCGAGUACAUGGUUGUUGAGGGCGGUAGGAGGAGGGAUUACGGAGAGGGGCGGCGGGGAGAGGAAUGGGGUGUCGUUGCUGGGGUGAGUGAGGAAGAGAAGGCGCGGUUGGAGAACGAGGGUGGCUUUGGAGUGCUGGAGAAGAAGGUCGAUGAGAAAAAGGAGAGGGUGACGCAGCAGAUGCGGGUGCAGGAGUUGGUGAAGGCGAGUGAGAGGGACUGGGCCGACCCGUAUGAAAGGAGCCAGGCUCUGAGGCGGGAGUUUCGCGUGGGUCGUAGGAAGCGGCAAGAGGAUGGGAGAACGGGAACUGCGCUACAAGAGAGGUUUGGACUGGGUGUAGAGUUGCUGGAGACGACGCACGAAGACACAGAGAAGGCCGCCAAGGUGAACUUCGGAGAAGUGAAGAGGAUCGAGGCUGCGGGUAAGCCGUUGUUUGCAGAGAGUCAGCCUUUUCAAAGCCUGCAGCAGAAUGGGCGUGGGCCUGCAAAAACGGGAAAGGCUCUGGCUCAUCAGAAGUCUGCUCUUCAGGGCCAACUUAAAAGCAACACUCGCGCCAACCACGAUCCUUUCCCAGGAGAGGAUGCAUGGCAGCGACAGGCAAAGCGACGGAAGGCGGAUGACGAAUCCAGCAAUGUGGUCAUCAAGCCCCAGAUCUCCUCUGGUGCGUCUCUAGUGACUUACGACUCUGAAUGA